UAGUCUGUUCAGGCGGCGGUUGUAAAUACGGAAGUGCUGGUCUCAGGAAGCAUUCUGACUUUCUCUGCCCGUGGAGAGGUUCUCUUUAACGUCGCAGAGUAGCGGGAUUUACCACCGUAAUGAUGAACAGGAUGGCCGGCUGUCUGAAGAUGACUGUAGCCGUGAUGGUGCUUUUAGCUGCGGUGGUAUUUCAGGCAAACUGCGACUCCUUUGGAAUGAAGAGAGUCAGAAGCGCAAAGAUUUUGGGUUUCGACUGGCAAAACUGCGGACAACCCGACGCUCCGGCUGUGCUAAAGAGCCUGACUGUGUCUCCAGAUCCCAUCACCAUUCCAGGAUCACUGACGGCCGCUGCAUCUGGAUCUACGUUGGUCGAGCUCGCCUCCCCUCUUUCUCUGAAUGUGACCCUGGAGAAGGAGGUGGCAGGUUUCUGGGUGAAGGUCCCCUGCCUGGAGCAGCUCGGCAGUUGUCACUAUAAGGACGCCUGCGACAUUCUGAACCAGCUGAUCCCACCGGGACAGGACUGUCCCGAACCGCUGCACACCUACGGCCUACCCUGUCACUGCCCCUUCAAAGCGGGCUCUUACUCGCUGCCUCAGUCUGAGUUCUACGUGCCCUACAUGGACCUGCCUUCCUGGCUCACCAAUGGGAACUACAGAGUUCAGGGAGUCCUGGGAGGUGGAGGCAAAGAGCUGGGCUGCCUCAAGCUGUCUCUGUCUAUUCACUCCAACUGAGGAGAUGAUUCACAGCAGCUUCAUGUUUCUGUUUAUCUGCACAGAAAAAGGAUGUAACUACAGGCUUUAGAAAGUUGCAUCAACUUUUAAUCUUAUGUUUGAUCCAUGUUUCAGCAGCUGUCGUUUCCCCACAUCAGUGGGACCCAAACGCAUAUAAGCAGAUUAGGUACUACUGAUGGUGUUUCAUUUAAACGGGAUCAAGGUUUUGCCAGAUUUUUCUUUUUUUUUUGUUUCAUUCUAUGCUUUUAUAAUAUAAGUUACAGUAACCAGAGAAGAAAAAUUACAUUCUGCAUAUGAGCCUUUUAUUCUACUUUUAAUGUUUACUUUUGUGACAAGCUACAUUUUAUUUGAAAAUUGUCUUUUUUCUUUUCAGUGGCACAAGUUUUUCCGUUUUUCAGCUCAAAAAGACUGAUUAUAUUUUUAGCAGUUAAUAAAGACCAAGUUGUGCAGUUUAAUUUAUUCUGCAUAACUUUUGGCCUGUUUGCUAAAAUGUUAAGUUUUUUUCUUUUCUUCAACAAGUUUUUCUUUAGAUUAGAGUGACAGAAUGAUGAUGGAAACUUAAGUGGGAGUCUGUGGACUAUUUGACUAAAUCUGUAAACAGAGUAGUAUAAUAAACUUAAACCUUGGUCAUAUUGUUGCACACAAAAAUCUCAAUGUUUGAGGCAACAUUACAUCUCUUGUUUAGUUUACAUCAUCUCAGAUAAAGGAAUGAGGUAAUUUGUUCUUCAUUACAACUCAGUUUAAAAAAUAAAACACUUUAUUUUGUAGUUGUAUGGACAUUUUACAACGUUUUAAAUAUUCUUAUAAUGUUAAAGCAAAAUCAUUCCAACAGUAAACAAAAGCUUGAAAAAAUUGCCAUAUUCAUUAAAAUACUAUGAUUUAAUAAAUAAGAUCUGCCUUUUUAUAAUUUAGGAAAGUGUAAUGUUUGUUUUUCAUCAUGUAAAUGAUCAUACUGUCAUAUUUGCACAUGCGCACAGUCUACUGUUUUUACAAAAUUUUCUAUAUAAAGCAACCAGCACUCUAAAGCUCCUGUGGCGUUUGAGUCUUAAAAGAUGCAGCUGCCUGUUUCACCACACGGUGGGAGUAUUUCACAGCCUCCCAACAAAGAAUUACACAAAAUAAAUAUUUUUUCUCCAAA